AUGCUCCUUUUCAAGAGGAGGUUUUCCCAGGCGGGCAAGUCCACCCUGGACUUGAAGAAGUCGCUGCUCUACCAGGACGACGACUACCUCGUGGUGGACAAGGCGUACGGAGUGUCCACCUUCGGGCGGGCCCCCCAAAAGGAGAGCAUAAUCAAAAGCCUGCAGGGGCUAAACCUAGAGGAGCCUGAAGACGCAAAUGUGGUCUACAAGCUGCAUAACCACGUGGGGGGGUGUCUCCUGAUUUGCAAAAAUAAAUUUAUAAAAAACCACACCUACGGGAACACCUUCCUAGCGUUAGUCUACGGCAAAGUGGAAAAGGCACAAAAUGUAGAGGUCAAAUUGGGCCUAAAGUAUCUCCCAAAUUCAACAGUAAUGGUCCCUUCAAACGGGCAGGAACAUUUGAGGGACUUGAAAACGAUUAGGUAUAACGUGGUGAGCAACUCCAUUUGGUAUGAGACUCACAAUUUUAGUUUAUUAAAAAUUGAUAGCACAGCAAAGGACGCAAGGUUUAUUAAGCCGCUACUUUUUUAUUCGCUCUACACCUGUAUUGUGGGCGAUACUGAGUACGUUGGGGGGUGGAAGAAGCUGAGGGAAAAUGGGUUCUUCUCUUACCGUGAUGUGGGUGGCCAGGUGGAGAGAGCCAACCGGUUGCUACUGAAGAGGGUAUCGAAGAGGGUAUCCCCUGGGGGGAAGAACAACGAGCUGAUGCUCCACCUGCAUUGCUCGGGUGUGACCUUCCAAUCUGCAUGCAGUAGAGUGGUUUAUGUGGCUUCUCCCCUUCCCAGACACAUGCGAGAGACGCUAAACUUGUUAGGCGCGCCCUCACUGUGUCAGACCAUAGACACGCAGGUGAAGGCCGCAAAUGAAUGCUCCCGAAGGGUUGGUAAAACCCUCAGUUCCGUUUCGCACGAGCGAGAAAGCGACGUUCGAGAUGACAGGUUGGCCCAAAAUGGAAAGCGUUUUGAAAAAGGCGAAGGUGAAGACGACCCCCUGUUGUACGAUCUGAUGCAGGAUGAGGGGAGAAUCGAACGGGAGAAUGAAGAACUGCUGAGUGGGAUAUACAGGCGGGGUGAGAUACACAGGCGGGGUGAACGUAGCGCCGGGGGGCAGGGGAGGAGGGGGCAGCCCCGACCCAGGCGCGGCGCGCUGGCCAAGGACGUCCACAGGUUGACUCCCUCCGACGCGCCUAUCUUUUUCGCGGAGGUGCAGUGA